AUGUCUCAUGGAGAUUUUCGGUACCCCGAGCUACAAUCUGUGGCAGAGCUAUUCGACUUUCAAAUCACUCUUCCCGAGGCUGAAGAAGACCGCGAUACAUCCCGCCCAUUUCUGAUUGUGGAACUCGAGAAGGAAGAUCAUGCGAGGCAUCUUGCCAAGAGGUGUAUUCUUGUAAAGUACGCUCUUAACUACCACCUCGUCGGCUACGCACUUGACUCAUCUCCCCCUAGAGCCAUCUACGAGUUAUGGGCAGAAGCCGAUACUCUAGAGGAACUGCAUGAUGAGAAUAGACAGAACCAGCACCUCUGGGAGCAUUUAGGGGAUCAACAGUCAUGGAAGUUCGAUGUUACCGCCACCAAUCAUACAAUUCCAAUGGAAAGACAACAUAAAGUUAUAGAAGAGUUUGCAUAUAUGGAUUAUCAAGGACCCAUCGAUAUGAAGAAGGCAUCUUUGGUCCUCACCUACUUUGAAGAAUGUGAGGGAUCCUCGACACCGAUGAGAAACGAGUAUAAACGACUGAAUCAACGCAGGGCCUACUACGGGAACACCACCAUGGAUGCCGAGAUCUCUCUCCUAAUGGCAAAUCAAGCUUUGGCAGCUCCCGGAAAGCUUGUUUACGACCCCUUUGUCGGCACAGGUAGUAUGCUAUAUGAAGCGAUAUUGAUGGUCGGCAAAUGCGUGGUAAAGUCAGCAUCUCAAUAUGAUGUUCUGCCACGGAUAUUAGAUUGCUGCACCUUUGAUAUCACUCGGAGUCCUUUCAGAACUGGUGGCUUCCUUGACGCAAUUAUCAGCGAUCCUCCUUGUAAGUCGUAUGACGAAAAAAGACUGUUCUAUUCAUCCCUCGAGAAGAUGGAGUACGUGCUGGCGCGAAGCGACUUGGACGGACAAAGGUGCGGCCUGUGGAACCUAGCCCUUCUGAAGAAACCCUAUGAACUUUCUGAUCUGACGACGGAUCUUGUGCUUCUGGCAAGACAUUUGUUAAGACCUGGGGGUCGCCUUGUUUGGUUUCUUCCCACAGUGACGGAAGAGUAUCAGGAUGUUGACAUUCCAGUUUGUGAAGGGAUGGAGAUAAUUGGAAAUUCUGAGCAAAACUUUGGGAAAUGGGGAAGAAGAGAAUAUCCCCCGCCUUCAUUUGAUCCAGAAAAGAGACUAGAAGAGCUGGGAGAUCCCAAUUAUCCCACCUCAGCAGGACACAAACAUUUCCGUGAAAAAUACUUUGCGCGCUAUUCGUAA